AUGUACACAGUGUUCAUUCCUUUGCUGCUGGCUGGGGGCCUCGCGAGUCCGUUGGCUUCGGCCUUCGGAGGCCUUUUGUUUCUCCUCGGCACUUUCGUCUACGCCCUCGGCUACUACUCAGGUGAAGCUGCAAAUCGGAAGUGGGGUUCCUUCCAGCUCGUAGGAUUGCUGAUAUGCAUGGCAGCAGCAGCAGCAGCAGCACACGCUAAGCAGAGGCUGCAACAACCUCCUGGAGGGCAGCAGCAGCAGCAGAGUCCAGGCAGCAGGUGCAGCAGCAAAGGUCAACUAGAGGCAGCAGGGGCUCAGCAGCAACGACACCAGGAGCCCCAGAAGCUGCAGCAGCAGCAGCAGCAGAAGCAGCAGCAACAGCAGCAGCAGCAGAAGCAACAGCAACAGCAGCAUCAACAGCAGCGGCAGCCCUAG